AUGCAGCUGGAGCCUGACACCACAAGGCCUGUGCUGAAGAAAUCACGCGCAGGAUGUAAGGAGUGUCGCAGACGCAAAGUGAAAGCGUUCGAGUCCGACAUUUUGAUGAGUCCACUGCUGGCUUUGUCGGCCUUACACCUGCACGCGCACACACCUGACGACCACCUCUUGUCCCUGUCGCUCUCGAAAUAUGUCGAUCGGUCGCUGGUGAACCAGCGGACGUGGAUCGCCCAGUGCGGCGGCGGCGGGGCUCCGAGGCUCCCCAUGCAGUUAUUUCUUGCGGCUAUUAUGCUGAUAUACAUGAGUUGGCUACUAACCAACCGCUCCCAACCCGGGGAAGAAUACCGUGUUCCCAUGCAGGUGUUCCAAAUGGCUGAAGGAGCACGCAUUAUUUUUCAACGGAAGUCUGGUUACUUCCGGGAUCUUGGGUUCGACAGGUGGGACCUUCCUCCGCCAACCCAGGACCCGACUCCGCUCUCUCCAGAGUCCCUUCGGUGGCUAUGCGAGAUGGAAGACGACAUCCAGCAUCUCCUGGACGGGUUUUGCGUCGAAAGCCUACCCGACAAAGAACGCAGGGCAUACAUCCAAGCUGCUGAGUACCUGAGAUAUGUCUACAGAAACUCCUUCGGCGAUAUAGACCACACUCGAUCGCUGCUCAGCCCCAUCAUGGGGAGAAUGGGAAUCGACUUCCUCCAGCUCCUCGAGGCCUGCGAGCCGCCUGCGUUGGCCCUGUUUGCCCGGGCGUUUGUGCUGCUGGGUAGCCUGGAGGAGUCGUGGUGGUUGAAUGGCAAGGGUCCCUACGAGGUCGUCGGCCGUAAUAUCAAGGGGAUACUCGGGCUGAUGCCGGCCAAAGACCGCUGGAGCAUGGAUUUGCCUAUCAGAGCCAUUUCCGGGGUUGUGAAGUUGACGAGACCUGGUGAAGGACAGGUGUCACCAGGGGUGUAUUCACCACAGGCGCAGAUGCAGUCUUCUCGUACCCUCUCCUUGUCACCGGGUUCUAGUACUGAAGGAGGACAGGAAUGGGGUUGA